ACACAGAUCUGCUUUCAGUCGGACGGAUCUACAUGCUGCACAGCGCCAUGGACUAGUUAACCAGGCGUAAAUACAGUAGGGAGCUUUGGAUUUUAACUCCCAGUGUUUCCUGUCUGACAGCUGACAGGCGGAACUUUACGCAGGGAAACAGCAGGAGAGUCUACAAGGCUCCACCUGAGGAAUAAUCCUCCUCGACACCACUUUGUUUCCUUCUUCUAAAUCCACUUGUUGAUGGGAAUUAUCAGACUAUCCGGGCGAUCGUUUCACGGAGUUAUUCUUAUGCGUAAUUUGGAUGAAAGCCUGUCUGGCGGCGGAGCUGAGAGAGUUUGAACCCCGCGAGCUUCAGUAACAGAUGGUGGUGAUGUUUGGCGACCGGUAACAGCUCAUCAGAUCGUGUUACAUAGACAGGCUGCCGCCAGGUGAGCAGCGGCAUGGGGAACCAGAUGGACAGGCUGUCACAUUUAAGUUACGCAGAAGUUCCCACAGUGGACCCGAACGGUGUGGACACGGAGGACGGUCCACGGAUCGGUGUGUCUUAUAUCUUUUCAAACGAUGACGACGAGCUGGAGGACGGCUGCGCGGCGGAUGGCACACCGAGAAACCUGAAUCAGGAAGAGAAACAAUACGAUCAGCGCGACGAGGUGGAGUGCGCCGUCUACAACAGAGAGGAGUGCAUUUACGAGAAGAGCGCCAAGAGUGCCAGCCUGGAGGUGUACUCUCCGGAGAAUCUACUUAACAAAUGCAAAGCUGGGGAUCUGGUGGAGUUUGUGGCCACGGGGCAGUACCCACACUGGGCUGUUUAUGUGGGGGAUUUCCAGGUGGUGCACCUGCACAGAGCCGAGGUGAAGAACAGCUUUCUGACGGAUGCGAGUCAAGGCAGGAGGUGCAGGAUUGUCAACGACUUUUACAGAUUCAAAGCUCUGGGCGCGGACAUGGUGGUGCAGAAUGCCAUGGAGCAGGUGGGCUUAAAGGACCGAGAGCUGAGCUGGAGGAACUCGGAGUGUUUUGCAGCCUGGUGCAUGUUCGGCAGGAGGGAGUUCAAAAUGGGCGGGGAGAUCCGGAUAGGCAAACAGCCGUACAGGUUGAAAAUCUUCAUGUCGGACAAACAUUCGCACGUGCUGGAGUUCCAGAGUUUGGAGGAUAUGAUCAUGGAGAAGAGGAGGAACGAUUACCUGGGCAGGACAGCCGUGCUGCAGGAGCUGGCUGCACAUUUCAGCAGCGUGGAACCGAUAAAAAUGUGUCCUGUUACUUUAUCCUCUUGGAGCUCACAGGGAGUCAAACUCUCACACCAGCACAUCACAAACAAAUGGUGAUUAUUGUUCCAGUCAUCAGAGUCUGAAGUAAAACGUCUGUCUCUUCUAUAAAUGUGGCUCCUGUCAUGUUUCAGAAGAUCUAGCUACUGAAGGGAAAGUUUGGUGGUGUUUGGAAUACUUUCCUGACCAUUUAUCUCAUUUUAAAUUACUGUGAUUUUGAUCAUGCCUUUCAUUUUUGCAGCAUCAAAUUUUUCCUUUUUCUUUUUAAAAUCAUGUAAUUAUCAGAAGUGCAGCCUCUGGCCUGUUCUCCGCUUCUAAUGGUGAAACUA